CCCUCGACUGCGACAAAGAAAGAAGACACAUGAUCGAGUGUCGCCCACCACGACAAUAGCGGUGUGAACCGCGGUGUGCUCACGACGGAGCUGUUGAGUUCGGUGCUUUGUGAUUGCUGAUGCUUGGACACUGAAGAAUCAUUGGAAUAAGAUUUUUUUAACCCAAUCAAGUGUACGAGAGAAUUUUUUUUUUUUUAGGGAAGGAUUAUUAUUUCCGAAAUUCUCUUAACGUUGUAUUGUUUACAACAACAACGCUUGGAAGUAUUUAGCUGUGCUUUUGGCAACCCCCUCUGCUGACAACAAAAGUUCAGUUUUAGACAGACUGCCUCACCUUAACAGCUGAGCUUUCGUGGAUCCUUUUUUUUUUCCCCGACGCUAUUGUUUCUGUUUGGAUACUUGUGUGCUGGAAUCAGAACUGGUCGUUAGAAUAUUUUUUUUCUCUCUCAUCCUGAAGCGCUGACGACACUCUGGAAGCUACUCAUCGUGGUAUAUUUCCUCAGGGAAUCUUGUCUGUACAUGAAGGAAUCUCGAAGCCCACACUACACACUGUAAACGUUUCCGCCAUGGAUUUACUGCCCUUCGAACGUGCGUCGAAAUUGUCAGCAUUGACAUCUUCCUGCCACAAGUUUUCACUUCGAUUCACGGUCGCCGCUCAGUCAGUGAUGUGAGGGGCUGGCGGCCCAUCCUGCCUGUGAAUCACACGGUCGCUUGUCAUUGUUAUUGAUUGUCGUCUGCGUUUUACCUCAAGGAUUAGCUCUUCUGUGGAGGAAACCAUAAAAAUGGCUUCGAAGAAUGGAAGAGAGUGUCGCUGGCCAAGGAUUUUAAUGCCCUGCGGAUUACUACCUUACAAAGUCUCUCCGAGUCUGCUUGUGUUGCUUUUGCUUACAUCGCAGUGGGAGUUUACCUUGGCGCUUGAUAUUGAAGAUUGCAAGAACGCUCUGGGGAUGAGGUCGGGUGCCAUUCCAGACGAGGCCAUCACCGCCAGUUCUUCUUACGAUCAAGCACAGGUCGGACCCGAAAACGCCAGAAUCGGGUCGGAGGAGAAGGGAGGGGCGUGGUGCCCCCGCCAGUCCAUCAGCAAGGAUGUCUACGAGUACCUGCAGAUCGACCUGGGGCGCCUGGUCGUCAUCACUCGGGUGGAGACUCAAGGCCGCUUCGGCAAUGGACAGGGUCAAGAAUAUGCCAAGUUCUUUCUUCUGGAGUACCAGCGGGAGGACAGUGGACACUGGCAUCGCUACAGGGACCGGAACGCCGAGGAGGUUUUUAAAGGUAACGAAAACACUUAUUUGGCGGAACUGAGGACCGUAUCCCCACCCAUCAUCGCUAAGCGGAUACGCUUCAUACCCUACAGCCAGCACCCGAGGACAGUCUGCAUGCGGGUGGAGAUGUACGGGUGCGAAUGGAAAGAUGGGACUGUGUCUUACGACAUGCCGCAAGGUGACAAGAGAGGGUCAGAGGUCGACCUUUACGACUUUACCUACGACGGCCUGGUGAAGGACGAUUACCUAAGCGGAGGUCUGGGCCAGCUGACGGAUGGCGAUUACGGCGACACCAACUUCCGGCUGGACACCAAAAAGAUGGGGGUGAAAGGGUACGAGUGGGUGGGCUGGAAGAAUGACUCCAACCGCAUGGAACCCAUCUCUUUGGUCUUCAAGUUCGACACUGUGAGAAACUUCUCGAAGGUGGUCAUCCACUCCAACAACCACCACACGAAGGAGGUGCGUGUGUUCCGGCGGGCGGAGUUGUAUUUUAGCAUCGGGGGGAAGUAUUACCAGGACGCACCUAUCAAGUUCAGCUACCAGCAGGACUCAUACUUCGAGAACGCUCGCCUGGUCGUCAUCCGCAUGUACAACAAGAUCGGCCGCUACGUCCGCAUCGACCUGUACUUUGAGUCCCGCUGGAUUAUGAUUAGCGAAGCUGAGUUUGAAUCCGAAGAGGCGGUGGGCAACUUCACAGAGGAGACCCCGCCUCCGACCACCAUCACCCCGCUGUCGGCCACCCAGCGCGACAAGCAGGACGUGGCUGUGGAGUUCGACAUCAGUCAGAACGGCGCAGGGGGCGCUGCCGUCAACCGCGACCCCAGCCUCAGCCAGCCGGACCCCAGCAAGUCCAUCAACCCAACCAGCGAAAACCUGGACAAGAAGGCCCAGAAGCCCAAGAUCGAAUUGACUAACCUUGACCACAACAACUCCCAGAGCACGGACAGCGUCCACAAGGAGAAGGAGAACAAAGAGUACAGUGACGACUACAUCGGCAUCAUCAUCGGCGCCCUGGCCGCGCUCAUCGUCCUGCUUGUCUGCAUCAUCGUCAUCUUCUUCGUGCGCCACAAGCGACGUAAGCACAACAACAACCGCCGCAGUCUCAAGCCCGUCGUGGACCGCCACGUCACCAUUAACCUCAACGACCUUCGCGGCAGCACCAACGGCAAAAUCUCCAACGGCAACAUGUACAACAGCAUCGCGACGGAGGAACUGGACUCGGACCGCGAACCGAGUAAUCAUAGCGGCAAUCAAAAGCUGGGCAAAGCAGGCUACGUCACUCCCAAAGACACUAUUCAGGGGGCAGGCAUGCGGGACUACGCAGUACCGGACGUGACGAAAUCGGCGCUGGUGGUCAACCUGCCGCCCCGCCCGCCGCGCAGCACCAACCCGCUGGACAAGCCCCCGCCCAACUAUGACGCGCUGUACGCAGCCGCCGACAUCGUCAACGCCCCCGCCUCCAACAUCCCCAGCCUGCAGGGCGUCAGCGGCAACAACGUCUACGCCGUGCCCAACGCAGACCUCCUCCUCAGCAUCGACUACUCGGUCAUGGAGUUCCCCCGCGAGAACCUCCGCUUUGUGGAAGUGCUCGGCGAGGGCCAGUUUGGAGAGGUUCAUCUGUGUGAGGCGAUACGCAUCAAUGAGUUCUUGACGGAGGAAUACACCAUGAACCGCACCAUGUCGCGGUCCACCAUGCUGGUGGCCGUCAAGAUGCUCCGACCAACGGCAGACGACAGGGCUAGGGCGGACUUUCACAAGGAGAUAAAGAUCAUGUCUCAGCUGAAAGACCCCAACAUUGUUCGUGUCAUCGGGGUGUGUACCCAGGAAGAACCGCUGUGCAUGAUCGUGGAGUACAUGAAGUACGGCGACCUCAACCAAUUCCUCAUCGACCACGUACCAGAGUCACCCGUCGCCCAGGCAACCAAUGCCAAAACGCUCAGCUACGGAUGUCUGAUCUUCAUGGCCUCUCAAAUCGCGUCUGGAAUGAAAUACCUGGAGUCGCUGAACAUGGUACACCGGGACCUGGCCACACGCAACUGCCUGGUGGGUCACCACUUCUGCAUCAAGAUCUCCGAUUUCGGCAUGUCCCGCAGCCUCUACAGCGCCGACUACUACCGCAUCGAGGGCCGUGCUGUCCUGCCCAUCCGCUGGAUGGCAUGGGAGAGCAUCCUUUUGGGUAAGUUCACCACCAAGUCGGACGUGUGGAGCUUCGCUGUGACCCUGUGGGAGGUCCUGACCUUUGCACGUGACCAACCCUUCGACGGUCUAACGGACGAGCAGGUGAUCGAGAACGCUGGCCACUACUACCGCGACGACAACCACCAGGUCGUCUUGCCCUGCCCUCCGGCCUGCCCCAAGGAGAUCUACGACCUGAUGCGCGAAUGCUGGAACCGCCAAGAGUCAGAGCGACCGUCCUUCCGCGAGAUCCACAUGUUCCUUCAGCGCAAGAACAUGGGCUACAACCCUCAGGACGAAAAACUGAGCCAGAUCCAGGUCCCCAUCUGUUGAUGGCCUCCUCCAACUUUCUCGUCCACAUCGUUCUCCUCGUCCGCCUGUUCCUCCUGAUCUUCCUGCAGUAGAUGUCCAGCCGAGCCUGGGGAAGGCCAAAACCAACUUUCGGACGUCGUGACGCCCAAGAAGUCUAUUAAGCGCAUGCAUAAGCAUUUGCGUGCGUGCUUGCGACGUGUGCAUCUGGUGUGUGUGUGCGCGUGUUCCGCGAAAGAGAGUCGUGUUCACCGAUCUCUCGUCUUCGACGUGGGAGGCGAAGAAAAGAACUCUAUGCGAUUUUCUUAUAUUUAUAUGUUGUUUUUAUACAUCGCAGAGUGGACUCCAGAAGUACACAAUAAACUGAUCUUUGUAACAUGUGAGGUUUAAUUGAACUGGGAAGUCGAGGAGACGAAGUCCAGAGCAAACAAAAACAAAAACAAAAAUAAUCUUCUGACCCUCUCCAGCGUCAAAAGAAUAUUUUCAUUUCUCGACAGGGUCAUCCGGACACCUUCGUGUGACGUGCCCCGCCAUCAGUUCAGCGCGCGCGUGUGAAUGAAAGGCUUCGAGCCUUGUUCGAAUUUCAGUUCAGUGAGGAAAAGAGAAAAGACACUAGUCAGAAGUUUUAAAUUUUAGACGAAUGACAUUUCUUUCAGAUCCGCGCAAAGCUUUCAGUCACACAUAUCAGUCCUCCCACAGUUGUGCGCGCGCGUGUGUGUGAACUCUGGCCAGACAAUCUUUUAUUUCAGACCCCCUAAACCUUGACGCUUCCUGCAAGGGGGGAACGCAGUCCUGACCGCUGACCUCCGCGGGAGGAAGACGGUCACGGUCGUCUUCUCUCGCAUCAGGCGUGCAGCGGCAGGCUUAGUCCUCGCAGCCACCUCUUGUUUGUUAACAAAUAUUCCACGGUUGUGCAAAAAAACAAAACUGUAAAACAAACUCGAGAAACUGUCGACAGUUCUCCUUCCGCCAUGGCUGGCCUCUGAUGCUGCCAGGCGGAGCAAACGGCACUGCCAAAGAAGGGAGUGUACUCUAGACACACAACUGGGUGCUACAGAAUUACAACGGUUAUCUGCAGUACUAUUUCCUUCGCCAAGUUUUUCUUAUUUUUUUUUUUAUUAUUAUUUUGUGAGGAUGGAAGGGACGACUCGUGGGACAACAAGCGCACAAAGAGUGUUGUCAGGGCAAGAUCGUCUCGAUGGACAAAGUGAAUUCGAGAGUUUUGACAUUUCUGACGACAGGAGGGACGGACACCGUGAUUGGUGAACGAAGAACAGGAACUCACACGACAGUGUACUGGGACUAGCUUCGAAAGAUUGUAGCCUCGCUGGACCUCAUUAAGACAUUCAGCUGGUGUGGGAGGGCUUUGUUAACAGGGGAAAAUUACGGGAUGAACCGUCAUUGCUUCCGUUAGGCGGGUGGAUGAAAAGGAAGCGAAGUUAGCGGCAGGUUUGGCUUUAGCGAACAAAGUUUUGAUUUUUUUUUUUUAAAUAAUUUUCGUCUGGGUCUGGGCUUGAGCCCUUUACUCUGGGUACAAACCCAUUUGAUGUUAAUCUGUGAUGUCUGCCCUACACAGAAAUGCUCAAGGUAUUUAUACAUCUCAGUUUUAGUACGGCGGUCGUGUAUAGUAAUGUGUCUAAUAUAUGCAGGUUGUUGUUUUAUGUGGUUCUUUAGGCUUUCUUUCUAACCCCUUAAACGUCAACUCCUCUUUAGUUUUUCGGUUCACUUAUGUUAAACCUGUGACAAAUUUAUUCAGAUUUAGAAAGUAGGAAAGUGUUGACCAACCCAGAGUUUCUGUGUAUGCUGUACAGUGUUUUUACAAGUGUUCUUGCUGUUCCUGAAGGUAAAAUCCAUGUGGCUAUUUUUGGAGGUGUUUGUAGGAGAAGAUAAGUAGGGAGGGUCUGGGGGGGGAGCUCGGAUCCUGCAAACAUGAAAAAUGUUAGCCGCUUACUUUUGGAGCAAAGAAACGAGUAGAAUCGCUGAAGUGUGAGACGAAACGAAGUCUCUCUGUCCUAAACUGAUAAUGUUGAGCUGAAAUGAAUACUCAAUUGUACGUGGUUUAGACAUAAUGCUGACUGCGCCCUCUAUCACCACCACUACUGAGUGCGGUUACGCUCAGAUCACAGAGAAAGGAAUGUUUCUCACAACACAUCAUCCCAACAAAUAAAACAAAAUAAUGUGGAGCAUUUUUUUCUCUGGUGUCUUAAUGCAGGAAUUGAAGUCAACAUUUUUUUUUAAAAAAAAGUCUGGAACCUGCGCAAAAUGAUGUUUUGCAAGGAGUAUCGUUCGGGUUCUCCAGUUUGUGUAGUAGCUGGGCAUUGUGGACUGUGUUCCUGACCCGCCAGGAAGUGAGGUCACAAACGACGUCACGAGAAGGCACGACAUUCAACGAAGACAGUGUUGCCAUGAUAUAAUUUUUAGGUUUCAAGUCCCAAGAUUCCAGGAGUAGGUCGCACAACUGGGACUUUAAAAAAAACAGUUUCUCCCUGUGUGUUGACGUCACUGGUUGGUGACGUCACUUUCAAACGGCUGUGCGCCAACCGUCAGGAGACAGUUUCGGCACAGUUGCAAGCGUCACGUGCUUGCACUGUUUUUGGAGACUUUACCUCGUAACACAUUUUCUUGUUUGCUAUGGAGAGUGUUUGUGUGUGUGUGUGUGCGUCGCGCGUGUGUGCGUGUUUGCCGACUUCGUCCAACUCUCCUUUUUUUUUCUUUCUCCACAAGCUCCCGUCGGUGGGUCAGCUGACCAGCCCUGUGUAUGAGGUGCUUUUAUUUGUAUGUGGGUGGAAAAAAACAAACUAUGGAGCGCCGACACACGAGAUGUGGCGCAAGACGACGCCAGAUGACAUUUUUCUGUGUUUGUCCUGCCAUGCGAACGUUGCGCAUCCCGACCUACCCUCCCCCAUUCCCACCCCGCCCUACAGACACGAAAGCAGAGAAAAACUGUGCUCGAGCGCGAAGCCGAGGGUCAGAGGUCGCACGCUGUGUCGUGGCUGACGUCACUAUCACCUCGGCCAGCAGACUCGGCAACCGGAAGUGGACGCAGGCGCAGAUGUGACGUCAGUAAAGGAUGUCGCGAGGUGAACCUGCUAAACAGGAAGACAGGCAGGAGAGGGAGAAGGGUCUAUCUAAGACUGAUAACAUACAUUGUUUAGACCCGAUUUUUUUUUUUCUUUUUUUUUUUUUUUUUAAUAUAUCUCCCUCCACUUUCUCGAACUCUUGUGUGCUGAAGAAGUUUGUUUUACAACUUACAUACAGCAUUCGAAAUAACUACUGCAGACUUUUAUGCUUGUACAUUUUGUCACUUGGUGCAUAAUUUGUCUUGCGUUUUUUGGCUUUUAUUAUUUUUUUUUCCUCCCCUACCCCAAGAAAAAAAUCCUCUUUUUUUUCUUUCAUAUUUAUGCUGAGUUUACAGUCAAUGAAAAAUGGUAAAAGUUUAUUGACUUGAAGUUUGUAUGAUAAGUGGUGUAUCAUAGACUUACUGUGCAUUUUGUUUUUGUGUCGGGCAUGUUUGUGAUAACGUUCUGCCAAGGAAUUAAAGCUUUAUGGGAAGACGGCUGGAGUGGGUUGGGGUUGGGUGGAGGUAGGGGACCUUGUGUCGAGUCCACGUACCAUCGUGGGAGGAUGGUGUCCAACCUUUAGAUACCCGGGGUACCCUAGGCCAUGCGCACGUCUGCGUUUGUCUUGACGCAUGAGCACACACGUGUGUCUGUGUGUAGAUGUAUAUGUAUAUGCGCGUGCUGACUCCUCUUGCUGAUUCAUCGAAGGGAAAAGGGAGAUGUUAAGAUGGCGCUUUUCUGUCUCUUUUCUGCUAGUCCCUUAUUGACGUCAUUUCCGCUCUACCGACAGUUAAUCAUUUCUGACAAUUCCUGAGUUCCGAAGCGUUAUAUUAACUGUUGCUGCUUGUGUUUUAGAGGUUUAAUACUCCCGGUCGGGAGACUUCAGCCCUUAAUGGGAUAUUUUAUUCAUUCUGUCUUGAACCUGAUUUGAUAAUGUUAAAAAAAAAACUCCACGUGUCAGAUUUUCUACCUCCAUGUGAUUAACAUUAAUCCACAUUCUUCUGAAAGGCUAAAGUUUCACCAAGGUAUAAUUUGACCGUUUAACGCGAUGGUUGGCCUGUCUUUUUCCUGCACCAGUUUAAUGAUUUAAAACCUGAUUUACAACAACUUUGCUCCAGUUCUAAAGCACAAGCUUUGAAAAAAAACUGAGUCCAGAAAGUAAUAUUCUCCAUACUAGGGUACUUUGAUUGCUGAGCUCCAAACACACACACACUGCUUCUUCUCUAGUGUUUGUAGUCACCAGAGUUGAUUUUGUCAGUCUGGAUUGUUUCUGCACACUAAGGGAUAACUAUUUUGCUGUUUCCGAUAGUUUCUUUUACAAACUUUUUAAUGUCCUACUAUUUUUGUUUUUCCCGUUGUUCAGCUGUAUUUUAAGCAAUGUGUCUGAUCAGGGUAUGUGGAUAUCACGCGUGCUGGAAUUUUCCCCCCAUGGCGAUUGAGCCUACGAUCCGUGUUGCUUUUGCCAACAGCUCCGCCACUGGCAUCCAUGCAUAGUUUCUACGACAGGUGGCGGUCUCCACUGUUCGGCCAGUAAAUACAACAAGAUGGCGCUGGUGUUGCCAGACUGCCGCUGCCAGGUUGCGCGAGAUGCGUGAUUACACCCCUGAGACACCCGUUCCUCGCCCACCCCGACAACCACCCCACGAGGCACGACAGACUUCGACACAAGCGCGUCCGACUGCCUCCCACUCCCAGCCCCUCGCCUGUCUAUAUAUGUUACAUACCAGCUGAACAGCGCCAAAGGGUCGUUUUGCGGCAUUUCCUGUAGAAAGUAGUGGCGUUCGUCACGUGACCCUCGCGGCGGUCACGUGAGCAAGACGCAAAAAUGCGAGCCGCGAUGAAGUCAUGAGCUUAGAAUGUUAUAACUAUGGAUGAUUUGUUGACAUGUAUUAUAUAAUCACUGACAUGCACAUGUUCUAUUUUUUAGUUGUUUCUUCCCUCCUUCAUCCCACUACUCUCUAACCCUGACUCUCUCUCUCUCACCUGCUCGCCUUUCGACUCUCGGUCUCCUACCUCCCGAUACACACCCCUCCUUCUCUUCUUUACUUCUGUCCCUCCAUCCCCAACACGCACCUCCCUCUCAUCUCACGAAGGUUGUGAUGUGCACUGACCGUCUGUCGAUGACGUCACGCGCGCUGCCAGUACAGCUCCAGCACGCAUCGGUGCUCUUCUGGUCACGUGUCAUGUAACUCCAGACACGUGACCUUUUUCUCAUGCCCACUCUGUGACUUCCCGUGCUGCGAGCUUUUUCGCCUGGUUCCUGUAUCAGGCGAUCACUGUUAAUGAAAACUUCUGACUUGUUUUCCGUAAUAUUUGGCUUUCAUUUUCAAAACUCUGCUCUUCAUGAUUAUCAUUAUUAUUAUUAUUAUUAUGACAGUGCGUAUUCGCUCUCCCGCCAUAUUGAAAGUCACGUGCCAUUGUUUUUUUUUGUUUUGUUUUUUUUUUUCAUUUUCAUUCUGUGGUCUAUCUCUAAAUGAACGCUUUCGUUCGGAUUCAAGGCUCCACUCACUUGUGUGAAUGCUAUGCUCGCCAUAUUUGUUCUGAGCCAUCUUCACUGGUAUCAAUGAAAGACAAUCGGGUGUGUGACCCCAGUGACGAUGAAGAUCGGGUGGGGCGUGUAAGGACGUUGAUUAAGAUUCAGUCUAAAUUUGGGGGAUUAAUUUUAAUUUUUUCUCUUUUUACACCUGGACUCGAAGACCAACGACAUCAUCUUCGAUAGUUUUCUACUCUGCAUCGUCAGCGAAAGAUCAUUGAAUCAGUUGCUUUCUUACGGAGGUUUGUACCCUUCCCCCACCCGGGGUAGGUAUUUUCAAAGAUGUGUUCACGUGAAAGCGUUACCCGAAAGGCCAUAGUCAAAAUGGUUUGCUAAUUUGGCGUUACAUAUUACUUGGGAUAAUGUCGUUAUAUACUGUGUUGAGUGUGAUGUCUCGUUUCGUAAAACUUUGCUUCUUUCUCUUUUAUAUAAGUUAUUUUAGUUUCCGUUGUCCAGCAGACGACAAUGGAGCACGGUAUGAUGCUCUCUCUGUUUUUAAUGGUUGACCUCUUUGAAAUUCCUCGUAGUGGUCAGUGUGGACUCCUGAAGUCGACAUUAAGUAUUGGAACUUUUUAAACAAGUAUUUAGAUAUCGAGAUCAACGAUUGUUAUAAAUCAGUAAAAAGAUGUACAUGCAUUUAAAAAAAUAAUGUUUAGGUAUGUGUAUUGUUAUCAAAGCAGGGGAGGGUAAGAGGUAAGAAAUACAUAAACAUGAAAAUAUUUAUGGGAUUAAUUUAACUGACUUGUUUUGUAGCGAGAAGGUUUCAAUGCUCUGGGCGCCAAACUUCACAUUUGUUAGAGGGCCGCCAGGCUCUCGUGGUAUCUGACGUUCGUUUUAUCGGGUGAGAGAAGUCGGCACCCGGGGUGGUCGCAGAAACAUUGCUGCGGUGCGGUCAGACGGUCAGGGAAGUAGCUUUGGCGGUGCACACAAAGUAGUGACGUCAUGAUCUAAUCACAGACAAGCGAGGAUCGCUCAUAAUAAUUCCAAGUAUAUUUUGUUGAGCAUGCGCAUUCUUAACUUUGUGGAUGUUGACAUUGGAAUGAUGAAGAUGAUGAUGAUGAUGAUAAUGUUUACGGUAUAUGACUCCAUAGAAAUGAAAUAAAGUUUCGAACAAAAAAACAAACAAACUCUAGUGUGGUUGUGGAAAGACAGGUUGAGUGAGUGAAGGAUGAAGCCUCGCGAUGGUAAUGUAUACUGCUCUACUAUAGUGUGUACAUAUACUGCUCCAUUUAAUGAGAGUGGCCAGCUGUUUUUUCCCCACCGUCAAUAAUAGUCUGACAGGACUAUCUCAAGGAGGUAGUGUUGAUAUGCUUGUGUAUUUUCUUAGCUAGGUCUUCGUGCUACACGAAAAAUUGUCUGUGUGGGAUGAAUAUUGUAGGCUCGUGGACCGUUCCGCGAUCUGUGUGUGUGCGCGUACGUGCGAGGUGUAAAUAUUUCUAUGCCUGCCUGUCUGUCAGUCUUUUAAACUUUCCUUUGCAAUGCUAAGCCUGUUCUCAACUUGCGACUCAAGUUUUCUUUCUGACAGUAAACUCGAUCAGCCCGAGAAAUGGGCCUCACAAUUUUUUUUGUUUGUUUUCUUCCUUUCUUUCCUCGCGCAAUUCCGUUUACCCUGCUGUUAUUCCCACCUUGUUUUCUUCGCUCACUCUUCACGUGAAACAAAUAGCCAGUCAAGCCUGUAGGAAUCUUUGAGUGACUUCUGUGUUUGGCCUGUCGAGCUUGUAGGGGUCCUAAGCCCCGGAACUUUUAGGGCAGUGACCACAGACUUCGUGAUGACACCCGAGGUAGCUUUGUCUCUCUCUCUUGUUGGUGAAGGGAGGGACAUGGAGUGGACGGGGUCAACACGCGAUCAAAUAAAGACAACAGGAAUAAUAAACAUGCCACCUGAGCGUACCUACAGCAGGUUAGGUUUGUAACUUGAUCUGCGUGGUCGUAGGGGUGGAUAAUGUUUCUACAAGGCGGCUAAAAAUAACAUCAAUAAGCGUCAUCCGCGAGAUGGUCAGACAGCGAACUUUUAGUGAGACUGUUUCCGUUGAAAAUACAGUGAAGGAUUUCAUUUUCUCAUAAAAUAAGGUCAUACUAGUUCUGCAGCAAUGUCCACGUUUUUUAAAAAUUGUUUUUCGUUUGAGGUUUUUGUUUAUCGGCCUUCACUAGUCAUUAAACUUUCAAAAUAAGGCUUAUAAUAAGUCUAGAGCUCGAAGGUCUCUGGACUUCAGAACUCAAUCCGCGCGUACCUUUACAAAAAUAACAAAGCUACAACACAUUUUUUGUUGGGUUUUUUUUUUCUGUAACAAACCCAUGAUUAUGACAUCGCCAUGAUGUACACAACUGUCACAUCCUUCUCAAAGUCACGUGACCCCGAACAAAGUGGUCAACAAAACUGUGGCUCCGUCUGUCGACUUUGGUAGGUUCCUGGCUUGACCUCUCUUUACACGAAUGGGUUCAAAGCUAAGAAGAAUCUGUUUUUUCAGAAGCUUAUCUUUUCACAAUAGAUAACUUGUCGCCAGAUGGCUGACCUCCCCUUGUGCUCAGGAAUGAUUUUCUUUCGUCUUCGCGGGCAGACAACUCCAUGUUUGCAUUAACUCUUUUCCUCGCUUUUCAUUUUCCUAAUUCUUUUAAUGAUUUUCUUGGUUGAUUUUCCUUGUCUAUUAUUGUUCUUGGUUAUUCUUCAGUUUCCAAUUUCAUGGGUUACUUGGGCCAUCAUUUCACAGAAUACGAUUUACAACCUUCUGCUAAUUUACAUAAUGAUAACACAUCAUUAUACAUCAGUUACUUUCGUUCUCUGCAUUCAAGGAACUCGAGAGCGAGUUUAAACGAAAUGUUUUCAUGGAAACCUGCAAAAUAUUCUACAUCGUUGGAAACCUACAUAGUAUUCAGCGUUUCCAUGGAAAUAUAAUAUAAAUGUUCUGAACUCUGUGCUCGAAACAUGAAAGAGUAUAAGAGAUACCGUUAUGCACUAGUUUAUUACAAAUGUUAACAGUGGCAGAAUGGACGGGGGCAUUAUCGCAUCAGGUCAACUCUGUGUUAAAGUGGUACACUGUGAAAAUGUGACCUUUACCCCACCAUGGGGUUGCCUGUGGUUAUCAGAUUUGUGUGUGUGUGUGUGAAAAUAGAGAUCGUGAGUAAGAAGAGAUGAGAAAAAAUCCACGCACGAGGGACGUCCUUUAUUUUGUUACAACAUUGUGUAUCUUGCGAACUUGUUUAUUUUGUGAAAGGCAUGUAUCAAAUAUAUAUUGUGCCACGUGACUCUGGCAUUUCCACCUUAGUGGAUGUCCACAUUAUAUUUUUUGUCAUGUUCCAGUCACUGAGUGAGCAUUCAGAAUCUGAUUUCUAUCCCGCUUAUUAAUUUUGAUUUUUUAACAUUACCUUUCGCUUUUAAUUAAUACAGAUGGGGCUUUCUUCUUGGAGGGGAUGGGGGCUAACCUUGUCCUCGCGUUACUAGAGAGUUGUCUCCCUCGGGUCGUGAGCUUUUGCUACACGUGUCACGUGAUGGUACUCCCAAACCUGAUUUGUCAUAUUCGUGUGACAGAAAUUUCUAAGAAAUGAUAUCUCUGCACUUAAAAGCAUUAGCGAGCAGCUGUUUACUCUGUUGUGUGUUUAGUUGCCAUAGCAACUCAUCUCAAAGUUACGGGAUUAUUUUUGUAAUUGGACAGCGCGGUCUGUCGCAUGCAAGUAGGUUCUGAGUGAUGCUAACUGUUGUAUUUGUUAUUGUAGUUUAUUGCAAAGAAUUAGUAGGUACCCUGCAGAUGUUAGCGCAUACUUUUUUUCAUUUGCUUCAAUAUUACAAUCACCACUCCUUCUCAAGUUCGGUCAUUGGUUUGUUUCAUUGACAUGUCUUGGGAGGGAUCUGGACGCCUGUGUUAUUUUUUAAUUGUUAUUUUUUGGAAUAUCUGUAUUAUGGUUUUUGUUGGCAAGAACUGUCCACUUGCCUGCUGGUUUUUUGUUUUGUUGUUGUUGUUGUUUUUUUUUUUUUUUUUUUUUUUGAUGCACGGAAACUGCGACACUGGCUGAUGAGUUUAACACAAUUUUAUUCCAUGUCUCUCUCUCACACACACACACAGAAACAUCCACAUUACAGUUCAAUACGCACAAACACUAUCAUCGUCAUCAUAUCCCAUCAUGCACUUCCCUAUUUCUGACUCUUGUUUUUACAUCUCCUAAUCCUCUCUACCUUCCCCCUAUAUUAAGUACCCAUAAUUCUCAUCUGCCUGCCUCUACCAAGCUUCUCUCGAUCAUAAUUUUUUUUUCAUUCUCGAUGUUAUGCUGUGUGCUUUAAUUUCCACUGUUUAAUUUUCAAUGUAAUGUUCUAUGUACUUUUGUUGCCCCCGUGACGACGACGAGGACGACGACGAAGACGAUAAAUGUGAUGACAAUGAUCUUUCAGUUGGUUUGAUUUUUUUUUU